AUGUCUUUAAAAGCAUCACCAAUUAGACGUUCAUCAAAUGGAUUAUCAUCAUCACAUCGAUCGAGAAUAAUGAUGAAUUCAUUCACUUAUGUUGCACCUCCAUCAUCAACACCAACAAAUACCACAACUACUACAAAUGGAGUUAUUUUAUUUAUCUGCAAAAGUAAAAAAAAAAAAAUGUCUUUAAAAGCAUCACCAAUUAGACGUUCAUCAAAUGGAUUAUCAUCAUCACAUCGAUCGAGAAUAAUGAUGAAUUCAUUCACUUAUGUUGCACCUCCAUCAUCAACACCAACAAAUACCACAACUACUACAAAUGGAGAACCAUUAAAAAUAGGUAGGUCAAUAAAUAAAAGUACAACACCUUCAGAAACAAAUGGAUUUUUUGACAGUAAGGUUUUGUCAAGAUCUCAUGCAGAAAUUUGGUUUGAGAAAUUUUGUGUUUGUGGCAACGGUUGUGGGGGUAAUUGUGAUGGGAAUGGAAUUAUUAAUGGUGUAGGGGGAGAAGUUGGAGGAAAGGUUUAUAUUAAGGAUUUGAAAUCAAGUAAUGGGACUUUUGUCAAUGGUAAAAAAAUUGAAGCUGAUAAUGGUGAAUGUGAGAUUGUGGAAUUGAAUAAUAAAGAUUUGCUUAAACGCAACAGCAUGCCUAAAUCAUUAUCAAAAAGUAUUAGCAAUGAUUUAUCAAUUUUUGAUAUAGUGGAGAGAGAAUUGAAUUUUGCGAGGCAGGAUUCACACAACCUAACUCAUUUAAAUAAUAUGUUGAAUGACGUUAAUCACAAACUUGAAGAUUAUAGUGCGAAUAAAAUUAACAUAUCUAGUAGUAAUAAUAUUAUUAAUAAGUUUAAUUCAUCAGCGGUUAUUCUAAGCCAACAAGAUCAACAAAACCAAUAUAAAAUAAUACAAAAAUCAUAUCAAGAUUUACAUGAGCUUUUCACCAAAACUAUUCAAGGACAUGAAGAAGAAAAGCGACUAAUAAUUUUGAGUUAUACUAAACAAAUGGAUGAAAUAUUGAAAGAACAUAAUGUAUUAAAAGAAAAUUGUAACGAUCUGAUGGAAAUAAUUAAUAGUAAUGAAAGGGAAUAUGAAAAUAAUCAUUAUGCAAAGAAAAUAAUGAUAAAGACAAAUGAAUCAGAAAAAUAUAAUACAGCUACUAAAAAACAAUUGCAAGAAGAACAAAAGAAUGAAAAAGAAUUUGUUGAUUUAUCAAAUAAACUUGAUUUGACUACCAGAGAUUAUAAUCAGAUGAAAGAAAACUUUGAUAUAACCAUAAAAAGAAUACAUUCUGAAUGGACAAACGAUGAAUUCAGUGAUCAUGACAAUAAUGUUGUUGAUGAUGAUCACAAGAAAUCUAAUAAUUCUGAGGAUUUAGAAUCAUCAGAGGAUUAUUGCGCGGAAGAAGCAGAAGUUGGUGGUGAUAAUGACGACGAUAGCGAAGAAUUUGAUAAUGAUGGAAUAUUGGACGAAGAUAAAGUUACUGUACUAGAAAGCGAUCCUAUAGAAUGUGCCCUAGAUCUUAUGAGACGUCUUCCACCACAAAAAACUGAAGGAAACCUUCUACAACUCAUAGAUCUUGUACCUCAUCUUCAUGAAGAUAUAAUAAACGCUGUUGACCAACCUUUAAAAAUUGGUAGAUGUAAAAAAGAGGGAAAGGAUUAUAUUUUAUGUGCCUUUAACAAAGAUGGAGAAUCAUAUCGCUCUCCUUGGUCAAAUAAAUAUGACCCAUAUAUCGAUGAUGCCAUAUUCCCAUCUUCAAGAAUACGUAAAUUAGAAGUAGCUGCCAAUGAGGCAUUUAAUACAUAUCGAGAGAUGUACUAUGAAGUUGGUGACGGCGUUCGUAAAAUGAAAGGUGUAUGGGACUCUAUUCAUGUCUUUAAAGCAAAUGAGCGUGGUCGCAAAGCUCAAUAUAAAUUAACAUCUACUGUCAUGCUUUAUACAAUUACAAAUAAAUCUGAUCUUGGAAAUAUGAAUUUAUCUGGAAGUAUGACAAGACAAUUUGAGGCAGAAUAUCCAUUUGAUGACCCCUCAGCACAUAUCGCAAAUAUUGGUCGUAUGGUUGAAGACAUUGAACUUAAAAUGCGUAAUUUGCUUCAAGAAGUUUAUUUUAGUAAAACAAAAGAUAUAGUUAAUGGUUUACGUUCAGUAAAUUCCCUUAUCGAAGCACAAAAACAAAUGGAAGUUCAAAAGGAGUUGGUUGGGAAGUUAUUAGAAAGAAAAGCAUGA